CAUGGAGCGCGGUAUGAAACACGAAGUGUUGGAAAACGAAGUCUCCCUUAAUGGGAAAUUCGCAGCGGCCGAAGAAACUCCGCAAAAUGUCUCUCCGGAGGAAGUGGAACAUUUUAUGAUACCGGGAAGCCACGUCCACUCCAUCAUUCUAGAUUUUUCACCCGUGAACUUUGUGGAUUCAGUUGGAGCAAAAGCCCUUCAGUCAAUUAUAAAAGAAUACGAAGAAAUCGGGGUUUCGGUCUACAUAACAGCCUGCAAUGGCUCUGUUAUGGACAACCUCACCAGACUGCAUUUUUUUGAGAAAGCAGCCUUAUGGGACUCGUUCUUCCCCAGCGUUCACGACGCCGUCCUGGCCAGCCAGGUGACGGGCUUCUCUUCCACCUAUCUUUAACUCAACUGCUCCACUGUGAACCAUGUGGAUCUAUUUCCAAGGGCUCCUGUAGACAAUUUAUUUAAUUUGCGCAGAUGACAGAGCCUCAGACAAGCCACUCCUACGGGUAAGGUGUGUCUGCACCGCACCGCACCACAACAGCCUGUUCCCUGCCGGCCCUGGGUUCUUAAGACUCCGGAAGCCUUAAUCCUUUCAAACGUCACUGAAUUCAAAAGUCGUCGAUGGAAGCGUGGGAUAAACGCAAAGAUUAUUUGUAGAGCGCGUGAAGUUGUGUUUUGCUGCGUACGUUUGGCAGUGUUUUUGUUUUGAGUUAGCUUGCCAGACAAUAUUAAUAUUAUUUUAACAGUGUCUUCCUGGCAAGAAUUGGGGUGACUGUUGAAAGGAGCUGUUGUGUGUGUGAUUAUGUAUUGUGUGUUUGUGUGUGUGUGUGUGAGAGCUCCUCUAACUUGAAUAUGCAAGCCGUUUCCAGAUUUUCGACGCAACGCCGUUUCCAGAUGCAGAAAUCAGUGCUUU